UGCAGCAAGAUGCGCUGACGUCACAGCAGGAGGAGAGCCGAAGUGAGUUGGGCCACUUUUCUCCAUCCUAGUGAUGAUGGCGUCCCGACACCCAUGAUCAAGCAGAAAAAGAAGAGGAAGAAAGAAAGAAAGAGAGAAAGGAUCGCGAUGAUUUCAUCUUCGGAUUUCAAUUCAUUCGUCUUUUGUUGUUAAUAUGUCCGGAUCAUUGACUUUGUAUUGGAGGUUCGGGUGAGGUGUAGGUGCCUCCAUCCAUCCGUUCAUCUAUCCGUCCAUCCAGCGCAGUGGAGGGGACGGGCCGGGCCGAUGGCUGCUGGGGGAGGUGGAGGUGGAUGCGGGGAGUCGGUGGAUCAUUACCGGGCGGAGGUGGAGCGGCUGACCCGCGAACUCGCGGAGGCGAACCGGGAGAAGGUCCGGGCGGCGGAGUGCGGGCUGGCGGUGCUGGAGGAGAACCAGACCCUCAAACAGCAGUAUGCGGAGCUCGAGGCCGAGCAGGAGACCCUCAGACAGGAGCUGGAGCAACUGCAGGAGGUACAGGCUUUCAGCCAGGCGUACACCACCCAAAGGAAGGUGGCUGAAGACGGGGAGACCAACGAGGAGACGCUGUUGCAGGAGUCGGCCACUAAGGAAGCGUACUACAUGGGUCGCCUGCUGGAGCAGCAGGCCGAGCUGAAGAGCAGCAGAUCGCAUGCGUCCUGCACGGAGGCCGAGAACGAGAGACUCGGCAGCAUCCUACAGGAGCUGAGAGAGAGUAAUGAGAUGUUGGAGUUGCAGAGAAGCCGCAUGAGAGAGGAGAUCAGGGAGUAUAAAUUCAGAGAGGCCAGAUUACUGCAAGACUACACCGAACUGGAGGAGGAGAACAUCUCGCUGCAGAAACUGGUGUCCACGCUCAAGCAGAACCAGGUGGAAUAUGAAGGCUUGAAGCACGAAAUCAAAGUUCUGGAGGAGGAAACAGCCUUGCUCAACAGCCAAUUAGAAGAUGCGCUGCGCCUGAAGGACAUCUCUGAGAGCCAGUUAGAAGAGGCUUUGGAUUCUCUGAAAAGCGAGCGAGAACAAAAGUAUGCGUUGCGUAAAGAAUUAGCACAUCAUCUGACCGUGUGCGACGGGGGUUUCAGCUCAGGCUGUGCCCAUCUGAUCGCCCUGACCUCAGCGCCACCUAGUGGUAGCGCCACCCCGACGGCCGCCACAUCGCCCAGCAGCGAGGACGGUAGCAAAUGCAACGGGCAUCUGCUUCAGGGCGCGACGGGUUCAGUUCUAAGCCGACUGAACGGAGACUUCAGGCCAGGAUUGAGAAAGAGUGAAAUCUUGACCCCUGACCUCUUUAGUGAGCUCAAUGGACCGGAAAUCCUGAAACUGAGACAACAGCUUCAGCAGGUGGAACGUGAAAAAGCGUCUUUGCUCAACAGCUUGCAGGAAUCACAAGCUUUGCUCCGUCACACACAGGGGGCGCUGACGGAGCAGCACGACAAGAACAUUCGCUUGGGCGAACGCUUCCGAAAACUUCGCCGCCAGCGCAGCAGCAAGGAAAACAAGGAGGAAGAGGAGGACGAAGAAGAGGAGGCAACAUGCAUCCCUGGUGUCCAGGAGGGCCCGAGUCUGGAAUUGCUGCAAUGUAAAUACAGGGUGGCUGUGACGGAGGUCGUCGGACUGAAGGCGGAGCUUAAGGAGGUGAAGGAUAGAUAUAAUGAGUGCGUGGAGGCAAGAGUGCGGGCGGAGGAGCAGGGCAAGGUGCAGAUGCAAGGGCUGGAGACGCAAGUGGCGCAACUGGAGCGCAGCUGCAGGGAAAGCCGAGAGAAGGCGGUGAAUCUGGAGCGCCAGCUGCGGGCAGCCAAUAACACGGCUUUGGAGACGCAGGGAAUCCUGGGAAAUGCUCAAGACGAGCUGGCGACAUUUAGUGAGGAGUUAGCGCAACUUUACCACCACGUCUGCCUGUGCAACAAUGAGACACCCAACCGCGUUACGCUGGACUAUUACCGGCAGGGCCGGACCCCGACGCGCAUGCCCAAGGGGCAGGACGACCACCGCGUGCUGUUGACCCCACGGCUCGCACGCCGCUUAGCGGCGAUUAACGCCGCGACAUCCGCCGAGUCCCGCAGCCCGUCGGACUCACCAUCCAAAGAACCUCUCACUGCUGAGCAGAGCCCGGUCCGUACGCCGCUGGGUUCGCCUGUUGUUAGUGCCUCUUCAUCGUCGUCCUCGUCAUCCCCAGCACCCGAGUCGGCCACGUGCUCCGACCUCCGCCGCGAACCCACCAACAUCCACCACCUCAACGCCAUUAUCCGCGACCAGAUCAAGCACUUGCAGAAAGCGGUGGACCGCUCACUCCAGCUGUCCCGCCAGAGAGCGGCCGCCAGUGAACUCGCCCCGCUGAUGGACAAGGACAAGGAGGCCUGCAUGGAGGAGAUUCUCAAGCUCAAGUCUCUCCUGAGCACAAAGAGGGAGCAGAUCGCAACCUUGCGCCUUGUGCUCAAAGCCAACAAGCAGACGGCUGAGGUGGCUCUGGCCAAUCUGAAGAGUAAAUACGAGAACGAGAAGACCAUGGUGACGGAGACCAUGAUGAAGCUGAGGAACGAGCUAAAGGCCUUGAAAGAGGAUGCGGCCACCUUCUCUUCACUAAGAGCCAUGUUUGCCACACGGUGUGAUGAGUAUGUGUCUCAGCUGGACGAGAUGCAGAGACAACUCGCUGCGGCGGAGGACGAGAAAAAGACCCUCAACUCUCUCCUCCGCAUGGCCAUCCAGCAAAAACUCGCCCUCACGCAGAAACUAGAAGACCUGGAGUUUGACCAAGAGCAGUCACACCGGACCCGCGUGGGAAAACCGUCCCGGCUGAGGAGCAGCACGCCCAAAGUAAGUGGAACGCCAAUCCCGCCCCUCCCCGACACCCCUUUGACAAUUACCGAGGUCCUUACGGCGGCAGCCGCCAUCACCUCGCCCACAACACCCACCUUUACACCCAUCCAGCCGUCCGCCCCCAACAGCCCGCCCUCUUUGGAGGCCCCGUCAUCUCCCGCAUCAUCCUCAUCGUCCUCCUGGACGCCCCCAACCACCCCCUACCGCCAUUGGACGAUGGGCGUCCGGGCAUAUGUCGUCGAACCGCACACUUACGCCAACCUACCUACUCAUACCUCCAUCCUGGCCCGUCGCUAUGCAAGCGAGUCGCACUACUCCCCAGGCUCCGCCCCUUCCUCGCCCUACCGCUCGCCCCUAUUGGCCAGUCGCCGCUCCCUGUGGAGCUCAAUCCAGUCCCGCCCCCUUCCCAGCCACUUUCUGCGCUCUACGUCCCGCUACAUGCCCCCUUCGUCCAACUACAGCCCUUUGUAUCCCAGAAACUACGGCUCCCAGCAUCCCCGCUAUUGACGGGUGCCGCAGAGAGGAGGACACACACUGGUUUCUGUGCUUGAAUGUUUGGGUUUUCGUUUUUUACUCAGGGAUUUAAUGGAGCACAAGUGGCCCGGCCUUCUUCAAAAGAGACUGUUGAUCAGUUCUCAGGACACUGUGUUCUCUGUCCCGAUCUCUGAGCGCACGUGGACUGUUCGAGUACACAAAUGAGGGGACUUUAAGACAGAUUCAACAGGAUGUUAACGUUUGUCGGAUUUGUUGGUGUGUUUCAGGGUGAAUGUGUGAUUCUGUCAAUUAAGAGAGUCAAUUAAGAUUUUAUGUAAAAUGCCGAUUGCAGUAUCUGAGAAAGAUGGCUAUGUUUGGAAUAGCAUACUAGUGUAGUAAAUAAUGCACAUUGCUGUUGUUUUCUGAUAGUUUAGUCAUCCUCAGGCCAUCUAACAUGUAGAUGAGUUUGUUUCUUCAUCAGAUUUGAAGAAAUGUAGCAUCACUUGCUCAGCAAUGGAUCCUCUUCAGUGAAUGGGUGCCGUCAGAAUGAAAGGCCAAACGGCUGAUAAAAACAUCACAAUAAUCCACAACUAAUCAAUACCACUCCAGUCCAUCAAUUAUGUUUAUAUGAAACAAAUCCAUCACUGAGAUGUUUUAACUUUAAACUGUUGCUUCUGGCCAUAAUACGAGUCCACAAUCUAUAAUAAUGCUUCCUAAUCGUAUUUUGGUCAGAAGCAAAAGUUUGAAGUGAAAACAUCUCAAUGAUGGAUUUGUUUCUUACAACAGGAUUCAUACAGAUACUGUAAAAUAAAAUUCCAGGACUUUCAAGGACUUUUCAAGCACUACUUUUUUAUAUUCAAGGACUUCAAUCAAAGAUCUCACUUAUGGUUUUAUGUUUUUUAGUGUUUAAGAAAAAAAACUUUCAAAAAAAAGAUUUGUGAAACCACUCAGUCCUGAUCUGAAUCAAAUGAUUUGCCAUUCGCACUCCUAGGUUCCAAUCUAAAUCAAAUGAUUCAUGAUCCACACUCUGACGUCCCAAUCUGAAUCAAAUGAUUUGUGAUUCGCGCUCAUAGGUUCCAGUCUAAAUCAAAUGAUUCACGGUCCAUGCUCCGAAGUCCUGAUCUAAAUCAAAUGAUUCACAAACCAUGAUUUCGCAGUUCUCUGAGUGUGGUUCGCGGAAUGAUUCAAGAACCCGCUCUGAAGUUCCGAUCUAAAUUAAAAGAUUUGUGAUUCGCAACUUGAGGUUCUGAUCUAAAUCAACUGAUUCGCAAUACGGAAAGUUUUGUCAAAGUCAAAUGAUUUGUUAAUCCACUCCGAAGUCCCGAUCUGAAUCAAAUGAUUCGUGAUUCAUGCUCCUAGGUUCCAAUCCAAAGCAAAAGAUUUGCGAGCAUGCUCUAAAGUUCUGAUCACAAUCAAAUGAUUCAUGAUCCAUGCACCGAAGUCGUGAAUAAUAAUUCACAAACCAUAAUUUCAGACCAGGACUCGGAACACGGUUCAUGAAUCGCGAAUCUCUGAAGUUUCGUGAUACGCGACUUGAGGUUCCGAUCUAAAUCAGUUGAUUUGUGAUACGCAAAGUUUAGAUCUAAGUCAAAUGAUUCACGAACCUCUCUGGAGUCCUGAUAUGAAUCAAAUGAUUUGCGCACCUAGGUUUCAAUCUAAAGCAAAAGAUUUGCGAACCCGCUCCAAAAAAUUUUUUUGAAAUAAAUCUAACUAAAUGAUUCAUGAUCCACGCUCCAAAGUCCAAAUCUAAAUAAUGAUUUGCGAACCAUCAUUUCAGACCAGGAGCGAAUCGCGAAUCAAUCAGUUUGUGGAAUGAUUCAUCAAUGAUUCAAUUAUGAAAUGAAUCAAAUGAUUCAUGAUAUGCAAAGUUCUGAUCUAAGUCAAAUGAUUUGUAAACUCACUCCGAAGUCCCAAUCUGAAUCAAAUAAUUUGUGAUACUAGAUUUGAAGCCCGAUCUUAAUCAAAUGAUUCAAGAAAAACAAUCUGAUUAGAGUGCUUCGAAACAAUAAAUCAUGUUGCAAAGCAGUGUUUUUUAAAAGCUUUUAAAAUCAUUACAAGCAAUGGCAAAUUUAAAAAAAUAAAUAGCUCUUUUAAUUUGAUCUGGUUUGUGCUUGUGAAAUGAAAAGAAGUCACGAGUUUGAAUCAGUUGAAGCGGUUCCAGCAUAAAUGACUCACUCAAAUGAUUUGGCUCAUCUGUUCCUCUUUUUGCAUCUUUAGCCAUGUUUACACAACACUGUCAGUACUACUACUGGUUUAGCUCGAUAGUUUUAUGACUUUAUGAUUAACUGAAAUAGGCAAAAAAAAAGAAAAAACAUUCACUGCAGAGGAUCCAUUAUUGAGCAGUGUAAUGCUGGAUUUCUCCAAAUCUGAUGAAGUCACCUACAUCUUGGACGGCCUGAGGGUGAGAAAAUUGUCAGCAAAUGGUCAGCAAAUUUUAAUUUUGGGGUCAACUAUUCCUUUUAAUCUUAUGAAAGCUGGCAAAUGUAGCAGGCCAUCUGUGUUUUCUGUUACAUACUGUGUACAGUGUGCAUACUGCAGUGUGCUGUUCCAAACAUAGCCAUAGUCACAGUGCCAUCCAGUGGAUAAACAGUAUAACAGAAAAGGGCGCAGCCCAUGUAAUGGUGAAUGUGCAAAAAUUGUUGAGUCACGUUUAUAGAAAUACAAGACACCAUUUUAAUUUGCAGUAAAGAUCAGAAUGGAUCAUUAAUGUUUCGAGAGCUUACAGAAAUGCGAUAGUGACGCUGCACUGAAUGUAUGUUAAUGAUGAAAUGAUGCAAACGACUAAAUUCUCAGGGAAUAUCAUUCAUUGUCAGCUGUCUGGAGGUGGCCAAUAACAUUGCAACAUUUUUUUUACAGCACAUAUGAUCUGCAGUGCUCACGUCCUGUCCAGUCAGUGUUCAUUUUUUUCUCAUUUUAUCAGUUGCAUUGAUGUUUUCGUUUGUUUUUACCCCUACACAUUCACGUUUUGGCAAAACACCAUACUACAAAACUCACAGCCAAAUAACAAGCUGCCAAAUAGCGCAGGAAGUGUCAAAACGCACUUAGAGAGGGACGUGCAUGGGCCCAAACAUCUGUUAAACGUCUUUUCUGUCCAAAUAUCGCUGUGUUUCAUGAGAGGUGCCUGUGUCUUCCCGUUAAACGUCUUGUGUGCUGCACCACUGGCUUUCUAGAGCCAUAUCAGAGCCACACGAACACAUCACACAGCUCUUGAAGCAUUUGACAGGUAUCAAUCCCUCAACCCAAGCCUGCCAUGAUUUCCCCGCAUGCCGUUUUUUAACUGCUGGUUUUUGCUAAAUACAUUUUCAAAUAUUUAUUUUUUAAAAAAAAUGGGUCUUUCUGCAAUUGCUAAGAUUUUUCCUAUAUAAAACAAAAUAGUUUUAAUAGUAUUUAAUUCUAGUGUAAAAAUAUAAGUCAUUAUAUGUAAUAAAUAAAAAAUAUAAUAUUUACACUAUAUUUUAUAUAUUUUUACACUAGAACUUUAUAUAUGUG